UCCUCCCUGUGCAGUGGGUGGAGACUGGCUUCUCGACUCAAUGGUGCUUUGAGAACUUCAUCCAGCAUCGAUCGAUGAGAAGGGCACGGGAUGUUCGCGAUCAACUCCAGGGGCUCAUGGAGAGAGUCGAGAUGGAGAUUGUCAGUUGCGGAAUGGACAGUGUUGUCAUCAGAAAGGCUAUCACUGCUGGUUUCUUCUAUCAUACUGCACGCUUCAGUAAGGGAGGUAAUUACAAGACAGUCAAGCACCAACAGACAGUCAUGGUUCAUCCUAAUAGUAGUUUGUUUGAAGAGCAACCAAGAUGGCUGAUUUAUCACGAGCUCGUCUUUACAACCAAGGAGUUCAUGAGACAGGUGAUUGAGAUUGAGAAUGGUUGGCUUCUUGAAGCAGCUCCCCACUACUACAAGGCCAAGGAGUUGGAGGAUGGAUCAAGCAAGAAGAUGCCGAAGGGUGUUGGCAAGUCGGCCGGAAGCUGAUCAGCGUGACAGGAGAUUGUGCGAUAUGAUGAGCACGGUGCUGUAGUCUGCCCAGCUUUGUUAUGUACAGGGGCUUUAAAAAAAAGAAAUGCUUAAAUGCUCCUCAGGGAGUGGAGUAUGUACGUACUUUGUGUUUAAACUGCAAUCAACGGUGAUCAGCAAUGAGCAGUGAUGUAGCAACCAUAAGUGGGCCAGCUAGAUUAUUUUUCAUGGAGUGGCCAGCUGAGAUAUUUCUCAGGGAGUGGAGUAUGAGCAUGCUUUGUGUAGAAGGCUGCAAACAAUGGUGGUCAUCAAUGAGCAGUGAUGUAGCAACCAUAAGUAGGCCAACUUCAUUGAUCCUCAUGGAGUGGCCAGCUGGAUUUUUCCUCAGGGAGUGGAGAAAGGUGUUCUUCAAAAACAAGAAUCCAAGCCAGACGUUGUUGAAAUACAUAAUUUGCCCAGCAAGGUGAAUUUGAUAAUGGUGUCAGGUCGAGUGAUGCAUAGGGAAUGAAGAAUGUGCAUAAGUGGUGCAUAAGACUACAAACUUAAACUUACAUCCAAAGUUAGUCAGCAGUAUGAGCAAUAGGAUUACGCCUGAUCUGAAUACCCCCCUUGAGUGGAGAGCAUGCACACACAACUGAUCAUGCAAUUCUAAACAGUUCUAAGGCACUGUUGAGGUGAACAGUCUGUGGUGGUGAUCUUUUUUUUUUCUUUUUUUUUAAACAAGUGCACACCUAGUUACCAAUAAUGCAUAAAGCAUUUCCAUUUAUUUGAAUGCAGGAUAAAAGAGCAGUGUCGAAGAGAAGAAAAAAAGAGUACAUGCCUGGCUCACAGGCAUAAGUACUGUGGCCAGACCACUCAACCACAGCAGGUGUCAAACUUUUCGUUUAUUGAGAGUUGUUGUCAUUAAGAAAAUGUUUCAAUAUUCAAAUUAAUCAGUGACUUAUUCAGACAACUGUACUGAAUUCCUUGUAUUUGAUAAGUUUCAGGGGUGUGAGAGUUCAGAUUUUUAGCUGAUUUCAGAUUUUUUUGUUUUGAUUUUCAGUUUAAUUCAAGCUUAUUUGUAGCUUUUCUUUGUACAAACAGUAUGGGAGCUCUUUCUAUUUCAGACUUUUUCAACACUCUUCAGCUUUUUUCAGAUUUUCUUAUUUGUGACCACUCACACCCCUGAGGUUUACACUCGAUUUAAAUUAAGAUUUUUCUAAAAAUAUGUUUUAUGAAAUGCUACCCUUUGGGCAAUUCCAUAGCAUAUGUACAUCCGACCCCCUAUAUGUAGGACCUUUAUUAGAUUUUCUGUCUCUGAUUUCUUGUUCUUACAACAGGGAAGGCGGGAUAAGGUGAGCAUAGGGGUAAGAUGAGCCACCCCCCCCGGCCGAUAAUAAAUGAGUAAGACAUUGCGAUGGUGCCGUAUACAUUGAUGACCCAUUGCAGAAGCCUCAACUCCACCACAUCGUUUUCAAUGUUAAAACAAAAAACAAUUUUUGAGAGGGAAAAAUACAAAUUUCAGUGAAAAAAAAGUAAAAAGAGGUGUGAAAUAGAUAAGCGCUUUUUACCCACAUGCAUUUUUAAAUAUAACACAGACAUAAGAGCGAGUGGAGCGUUGUGGCCCAGUGGAUUAGUCUGCGGACUUUGAAACAGAGGGUCGUGGGUUCGAAUCCCAGCC